AAGAAAUAAAUAGCUUCGAAUUUUUUAAAAUCCAAUUGAGUAAUUACGCAGUGAUUUUGGAAAGAAAGGUUUGCAGAUCUAAACCUGCCAAUACAACGUCCUAUCGCAAAAAUGGAGAUCCUUAUUCUGGAACUGAUUUUCACAAUACUUUGUCUUCCUGGUCUGACGUCUGCUGGCUGUUAUUACAAUUCCUACUACUACAACUACUACUGCUAUUAUUACUACUAUUACUACUAUUACAGCGACAAUUACGACGACAGCAGUGUGGGUACAUACGUUGGUGCGUUCGUUGGGGGAAUAGUGUUCCUUAUCGUAGUGGCUGUAGUCGUCCUGUGUAUCUGUGCCGCUAAAAAUAGCCAGAGGAACCGCAUCGUUACGAUGCAUGGAGGCGGGGCAACAGUGACCAAUGUCAACUGUGUCAACACAAUUCAGCAUCCUCCCCCGCCUGCAGGUUAUGGCUAUGGAGCACCCCCUCCCCCAGGAUAUGGACCUGGAUACGGUCCAGGAUACGCCCAACCAUCUCAGUCCAUGUUUGGAGGGGGCGAUCCCGUCUAUCCCCCUAACCAGUACCCACCCCCAAAAUAUUAAACUUCAGAGGGGCGCAUUCAGCAUUCAAAUUUAUGUUAUAUGCCGCGAGAGAAAAAUGUGUAGUGGAUAUUUGUAGCAACAUCCAUCAUCGGCCAUAUUAUGUAGACUUCUUUUAUUUUCUUUAUGUCGAUUUAAAGGUUUAGUAAAAUAGCACAAUCUUGAAUAGAACUUCUUGUUAACCGGACUUCUACCUCUACCUCUUUUGAUUUGUACAAUUUUAACUAAAUGUUUAAACUAAUUGAAGAGCGUUAGUUGUCUGAGUUUAAAUAAACAGAUCGUCGAUAUGUCAACUUGAGUAACAAAGGCCUUUAAAAUUUAAAGCAAUGCAAUAAAUUUACUACCGAGAAACAAAGGAAUGUUUUUGAAUUUUAUUUAAAAAACUGAAGAAGACUUGGUAAAGAGCUUGAGAGAGAGAGAGAGAGAGAGAGAGAGAGAGAGAGAGAGAGAGAGAGAGAGCAGAUAAAGGAGGAUAAUAAUAGUAUUAAUUUCAGCAUUGAAUACUUUUUAUAUUUUCAUAUUGAUUUUUUUUUGUAUGAAGUAUUUUUGUAUCCUCGCUUUAGAGUCUUUAUAUGCGCUCUUAGUCAGGGAUAUUAAACAUAGAUGGAACAGCCAAGUUAACUUUUUAUUUAGUUCCCUUCCGCGACUAAUAAUCUAGUGCCAAAAACUUUGUAGAGAAAAAUCUUUUUAUUAACGAGUGGAUAAGAUUUAAUGAUUAUUUUUCAUAAGAACAUAUCAAAUUGAUUCUGUAUUUAUCAAAUUGAUUCUGUAAGUUUGAACCUUUUAUUUAAUCUUAUAAUUAUAAAUAUACUCAAAACGCAUGAUGACGGUUAUAUUUGUGCUUACGGCGCAUGAAUAGGCAAAGUGUAUUCACAGGAACUUGAACGUCUCAGAUUUCCAAUGCAAACAUAUGGGAAAUAUACAUUGAAUGUAAAUAUAUUGAAAUAAAUCUACGUUUACUUAGUAAGAUAUAAUAAAAAUUUUGUAUACACUCAGAUUCUCCAAUUGGUUAUUCCCUAUAAUAUUAUAUUAUAAAAAAUUGUCGGUAACCUUUUAUUUAAAAUGAAGAUAUAUUUUUGAGAGCCAAGAUUUUUCACUUAACUUUUAAAACAAAAUAUAUUCAUACAAAGAAUGUCUUUGUCAACAUCCCUUUACCUAAUAGUUGUUUUCUUCUUUGUAUCACACAAUUUGAAUAUGCCUGAGCAGUAUUGUUUUGUUUUGUGUCAUUCUUCUUUAUUGUUGAAAUGUACUUUGUUUGGUUUAUUAAAACUUUUGUUUAAGGUAGCUGGAUUGCCAAAAAAUUAUCCUUAGGAUAUUUCUUAGAGUUUAAGAUAUGGCUUUUUUUCCAUAAACUGUUAUUUUGUAAAGAAAAAUAUCAAAUGUUUUGAAUAAAGUUUGAAUGUUUUCCAAUAUCUUUAUAAAGAUCUUUUCUUCCAAAUGAGAUUAAGAUAGUGUUUGAUAGUCUCGACCAUCUAACUCACUUAAUAUAUGAGAUUGAAAACGCAUCCUUUGCAAUUUUUGAUAAAAUAUCAGUUUGAUUCAUAUUCCUUUUCAUGAUUUAACACGACAUUUUACAACGUGUAUUUUGUAUAGAUUAUUUUUAGAACUUCGGCCGGAAUAAAUAGAUCAAAGCCCUAUCGGAGAUGUCGAUUAAAGGUUAAACAUUUAAAUAACUUAAAACACGUAAACAUGAUUAUAGAUUUGUGUUAAUUAAUAAAGGAUGUCCUCUAAUGUGGUUUUAAAUAGGA